UGGAUGUCUUAGCACUCAGUCCUGGCCUAAAAAAUAAAAUAAAAAAUAAAUAAAUCACGAACAAGCAAAUACGAACGUGCGGUGAAAGAUUUAGUUCUAAAAAUUAAUAAACAAAUGCAGCCAAUACAGGAACAUGCAGUGUCUGGUUUUUCGAAACCCUCGCCUGUUUAUAGCUAAAUCACGUAACGUAAUCCGUGUUUGUUUGCCCGAUUCGGAGUUUGUUUACGCGUCGUUUACCGUUACCCAGCCACUUGGCCCGCACGUGCUGAUCGAAAAUCGAAAAACGAUCGAAAGGCCAAGAAGUCGAUCACUUUUGAGGGCGGUCGCUUCAGAGUGGGCGUGUGCGCCAAUAAUAAGCCAAAAUUGGUCAGAGAAAAAACGCUCAUUAUCAGUGUAAAAGUGUAAUGUAAAUGCAAAAAAAGCGAAGUGAGAGUUGACUCAUCAUAUCGACUGCCUGUGAGAUCGCCAUGAAAUCCAGUUGCAAACAGUAAAGCGCAUUUCUACGCAUUGCGAACAUUGUAAAUAAGUUUGAAGAGUUCUUCUCGGUAAACGAAAGCUGAAAACCAAAAGUCAUUAAAGUCUAUAAAAGCAAUAAACAAAAGUAUUUAAUACUAAUAAUAAAGAUUACCACCUUCGGGCUUGAAAGUAUUAUACUUUUAAAAGAUAUAACUAUCAAACCUCAAGCCAACAAAGCUAAUAAAAGCGAAUUAGUAGAGCAACUACAAGUUAAUAAUCUGGAGUGAAUACUAAAAUAAAGCCUUAAUAAUAGUUAAUAACAAGAAACCCUCAAUCCAAACAAAUUUGCCAAAAAUUACAUAUAGCCAAAAACCAACACCCAAAACAGAAACAAAGCGUGUAAAUAAGUUUCGUGAUAUUAAAAAUACGUGUAGUAAUUGCAGCAAACAGCAACCAACAACCAGCAAACAGAAAAGAGCAAACAAAUAAAAACCAGCGAUAAAUCAAGCCAAAAAUAAGUUCGCAAAAAUAAUAAACAAAGGAGAGCAGGAAAUUGCAACAUCUUGUGAUAAACGCUGACAAUUUGUUGCCCGUUGAAUGAUUGCAAUAAAGGCCAUCGAAAUGCAGCACAACAACGGCGGCGGUGGCGGCGGCAACGCACUGCAGCAGCAGCAGCAGCUUCUGCUGCAGCAACAGCAUCAAAAUCAGCAGCCUGAUAAUAAUUAUAUUUGGGGUAACAACCACAAUGGCAGUAUCGGCAACAACAACAAUACAAUGUUGCAGUUGCAGCAUCAACAACAACUACGCGCCGCCUCCUGGAUAACCGAUUGCAAUAAGCAGCGCCACAUUAACAACAAUAACAGCAUGAAUGUCAAUUACAAUCAGCACUUGACGCAACAGCAACAGCAACAGCAGCAGCAGCAACAAGCUCAGUACAUGCAACCCAAUUACAACAACUACACGCAACAGCAGCAACAUCUUGUGCCAGCAACAACAUCCCAAUCCAGCAAUCAUUUCUAUCAGUGCCAACAACAACAGCAGCAGCAACAGCAGCAAUUCCUUGCCCCCGCAAUAACUAUCUCGCCACCAGUAACAUCCCACCAGCAACUUCAGACACAUCAGCAACAUCACACGCAGCAUCAGCAUCAACCACGACAGGACUAUUCCGCCCUUCAAUUGGCCAGACAAGUAAGUUAA